AUGGAGCGAUACCCCACACCUCCCUCCACGAGUUCUCCCAAACACGGAUAUCACGAUGAUCAUAACUUAGGAGGGGCACGAAACGACGCUCCAGCGUCAUAUGCUUUCCAUAACGAUCACAACGAUCAUAAAUCUACCAUCUAUUCUUCCUUCACAAACGCGUCGACUGUCGUUCCUGCCUCCACAGAAGCAUGGGCAUCCGGUUAUCCAGCUACUAGCUCGAAUAAACCCAUCGACAAACACCCUCAAGAUUUCUUCGGCAUCACAUCUCAAGACCCAUCUUACAAUCACCCCAAUCCCAUUCAAUUUGGCGGUCCUCCCCACCCUACCGCCACCGAAACUUUCAAAACCCAAGGCCCAAAUCCAAAAACUUACAGCUAUGACAAUUAUCCACUAGCUCAUCGACCCGCCCAAGAAACCUACUGGCAAACAACAUCCGACCCCGUUUCUCCCUCCCAAAUCCCUCAAACCCACCCGUACCUCGAAACCUACAAUCACGCGCACCCCUCCCACCCGGGCCCUCCUCCCCGCCGCUCCAGCUCUCCCACCCCCAACACUCUCCCCUCCACAGCCGGCACAAACCCCUACUACAACCCCCCCUCCCAAACCUCUCAGUCCUGCCCCCAACCCCAACCUCAGCCUAUCCGCCGCCGUUCCUCUCCUAUCCCAGGUCGCAUCUCCUCCCCUCUCAAAAGACCUCUCUCCCCCUACUCUCUCUCCCGUCCCAAACCCCGUCCUGGUUUCAUAAGACGUGUUGCCUCGCGCUUCACAUCCUGGAUCCGCUCUCUCUUCUCCUGGAUACGAGCAAAUCCUAUCAAAACCGGUUUACUAUCCUUCAUCCCUAUUUUACUCGGGACCGGAGUCGUCAAAACCGUGAAAGGAGUGAAACAUUUCCUUGGAAACCGGGCUUCUAAAAGAAAGGAAAGAAAGCACGAACACAAGCUUGAGAAAGAGGCCAAGAAGUUGGAAAAGAAAUGGCACGAGGAUAUAUUUGGGGACUUCAAGGGAUUUGCUGGGACUAGGGGGGGACCGCUGAAUGGGAUUUUGAAAAUUGUUCAUUUGUUGGUAAACCACUACUGCAGACUAACACCCUCCAAUUUCCCUCGCGCAGCCUCUAUCCUCCUCGAGCUCUAUUUUCUCGACAUGAAGAACCUCUAG